AUGGCCUCGCAGGAUACGCUGCCUGCGUCACAGGAAACGGUGCCCGAUGCCGAGACUGGCGUGUUCCCGCCCAUGCUAACGCGGCACGGCUCGUCGUACAAACGCAUGUCCAUGCGCGACUUUCACGAGUACCUCUCUCGGAUCAACAAGGAUGGCGACAUGGCCUCGGGUAGCAUGGUUCGCCGUGAUUGCAUGAUGCACAAGGAUGGCUGGCAGCAAGUGGAUGCCGAGUUUGACGUUGACAUUGACAUUUUGGGGGGGCAGCUGCCGAUGGAUACGGAGCUGGUGGAUUUGGAGACACCCCUGCCGGGCACAGGCCUGGACGACACGCCGCAAGCCUCGGCCAAGCCAUGCGGCGCUUUGGAGGACUCAGGAGAACCUAACCCGGCCGGUUUCCGUGCCAACCUGGCCGACUCAAGCGUGGCUGCUGGCCCCGGUGCCCGGGCCAUUGGCUGGACGUACUCGCCCAUUCUCAACACCCUCUUCACCCCAAUGGACUACUCUUGCCCAAUCCGCUUUGCAACAAACGAGAGUGUUCCCGACCUCAGCCGCAUCGUGGCCCAUCUCGAAUACACGCAAACAAACCAACGCAACUUUGUCGUCAACCGCUGCGACAUGCAUCGUCAAGGCGACUCUGGCCCCUUUGCUGAACACGUUCUUCGCGUCAACAAUCCCCAAGCCAACUACCACCAACGCCAAGAGCGUCUGGCUGUCAGUGUGCCAGUGGCCAGCACACGCAGCGGCAAGGUGGAGCAAAACGAACUUUUUGAAUGGCAUUGCCUCACCUCUUGCGCUGGCGGCAUCAAUCGCCGGAAGAUUCGGGUGGUCUUCCGCCUCAUCGACCCUGACCAAAACGUCCUGGGCGUUCAGCACAUCAACGUGCGCGUCUGUGCUUGUCCAGUGCGUGAUCGUCGGACACAUGAAAAGGCCCACGCCAAACGUGAGCAAGCCAACGACAAGCGCAACGUCAUCGCGUCUGACCCCACUCCGAGCAAGAAGCCCAAGCUGAAGGAUCAUCCCAUCUCCAUGGCCCUGCGUAAAAUGCCCUCCGUAUCGACCCUCUGUCAGAUUGGCAGCGGCUUUGACCACGAUCAGGACGUGCAGUACCUCGCGAUCUGCGGCCGUGCCAACUACGAAGUCGCCCUCAAGGUCCGCGACCAGCUCAAUCAAUCGGCCGGUCUUGGGCGGGUGGCCGCUUCAAGUGUGCAUCUCCCCCGCAGUGAGGUUACGCUGAUUAAGCAACGUGUAGCCGAAGCCACCAACUUGGACGAAUUUCUGCGGGCCUGCAAUCUGCAAUCGCUCAAGCGGACGUUGGAAAAUCUGGGCUACACAGACCUGCCCUUGAUAGCCACGUUGGAUGCACGAGAGAUUGAGGAGUUGACUCUGACCAAACAAGACCAACGUCGUCUCAAGCUGGCCCUGGUCACCCUGAAUGAGACGGACAAGGCGCAGGACCCGUACCUGGCCCGUCGAAGGGAGACCAAGCUAAUGCGAGUGACCGUUCGCUCGACCCCGGGCCAAGCGCAGGCGGGCGGGGCUGGCCCCACCUCGCCUUUUGCGGCUGCAUCAUGA